AGCCGGCCUCGUUCUGGCCGCCGCCGCCGCGCUGAGGCGGAGUAGGAUGAGGCCCGCGGCCGCGGCUCCGGCGUCGGCGGGGGCAGCAGCAGCUGAGGCAGCAGCUGAGGCAGCCGCGACGGCCGCGCCCCCCCCUCCUGACCUGGAUUAGGCCCAGCAGCUCCGUGGCCGCCGCCGCCCCGCGGGGGGGCGGGGUGGGGAAGUGCUUCGUCUCCCCGCCCCCCCCGCCCCCCAUUGCCGCCUCACAGGAGGCAACCGUCGCGACCCCAGCGGAGCCUGCGGUCCAGCCCUGAGCCCCCACCCCUGGGGGCUGGCAUGAGCGGCCCCUCGGUGGCGCCGGGGGGCGGGGGAGCCGCCGCCGCCUGAACCCCGGCCUGCCGCCUGACCCCACCUCACCGACGGAGGCUGACCGGGGAGCGUGCGAACGACCCCGCCACUGCUUUCUUCUUCCCCCAGAUCAUACAUCCUAGCCCCAGAAGAUGGGGAACUGCCUCAAAUCCCCCACCUCGGAUGACAUCUCCCUGCUUCACGAGUCUCAGUCCGACCGGGCUAGCUUUGGCGAGGGGACGGAGCCGGAUCAGGAGCCGCCGCCGCCAUAUCAGGAACAAGUUCCAGUUCCAGUCUAUCAUCCAACACCUAGCCAAACUCGGCUAGCAACUCAGCUGACUGAAGAGGAACAAAUUAGGAUAGCUCAAAGAAUAGGCCUUAUACAGCAUCUGCCUAAAGGAGUUUAUGACCCUGGAAGAGAUGGAUCAGAAAAAAAGAUCCGGGAGUGUGUGAUCUGUAUGAUGGACUUUGUUUAUGGGGACCCAAUUCGAUUUCUGCCGUGCAUGCACAUCUAUCACCUGGACUGUAUAGAUGACUGGUUGAUGAGAUCCUUCACGUGCCCCUCCUGCAUGGAGCCAGUUGAUGCAGCACUGCUUUCAUCGUAUGAGACUAAUUGAGCCAGGGUCUCUUGUCUGACUUCAAGUGAACCAUCACUUUUGGUGGUUUUGAUCUUUUGUCACUGAGCCCAAAGAGCCAGGGAUUAGGAAUUAAGAUCAUGCACAAAAAUUUCCUAAAAAUUCCUGGAUGGCUGCAGAUGUUGGGGGAAAGUAUGUGAUAUUUUAGAAACUUAGAGGGAAAAGUAGGAUGGUAUUUUUACAUAAAGCCUUGACCCAGUGUUUAAAAAUAUAGUUGUAUUUAGAUCUUGUUAUUGCUCCAGUACAUAGGAAUUGUGUAAAGUGUUACAGCAGCUGUAUAUGUUUAAAUUGUGUGUGUUGAAGAUUAGGAAAAAGAUAGUGGUUAUUUUUUCCUAAAUAACUUUCUUCUCCACCCCACCCCACCUCCCACUCUUUUCUGAAGUUGCUGGCAUUUGGGUCAAGGUUUUAUUAAAGCUACAUUUUAUAACACUGGCACAAAAAAAAAAAAAGUAGUUUUAAGCUUGUUUGCACAGUUCUUUUUUUUUCCAUUGGAAAUGGAAUUCAUUGCCUUAGGUCUUUUUAAAUAGUGUAUUAUUAUCGUUGGGGCUGGCUCUAUGCUUGAAAACCAGUUUAUUUAUAACUUGUUAUAAGUGCUAUAUUCUGUUUGCAGUUAGGAAAUGCAGAAUUCAAAGUGAUCUCCUAGCUUGUAAGCAAACUGAGAUGCACUAUCCCUUUUCUAUAAAAAAUGACUUAAUGUGUCAAGAAGCCAACUCUAGUAAAGUGGGGUUUAAUAUUUCCCUUUCCUAUGUGUUUUAUCUAAUUAUUUUGGUUGUUAAAAUGGUGAUAAAUAAAAGUCAAGGUAAAUUUAAAUAUUAAGAUAAGAUUUCUGAUUUAUUGAGCUUGAAUUAUGUCACCAUACUUCCACUUAUGUAAAAAUGAACGUGGCACCAUGGUGAAACUUAACGAGAAGUAGUUUCUCAGUUGUAAAAAUUUUGAUUUAUUCUCUUUCGUGUGACCUCCUUCCCUGUUGUCUUGAACCAUAGCAAAAGGAUACUGCAUCUCUCAUUACUGUAGUGUUGAGGGUAUUGAAAUUAUAUAAAAACACAUCUCAGUCUCUGUUUCUUGGAAAGGUAUCUGUUAAGUCCUGCUAGCUGACUUAUAGGACUAGGCAGGAAAAAUAAAGAUAAAUGUGUUUCAUGUUUUGCACACAAAUGCAGGAUUUGUAUAAUCACAUGACUUCAUAAUUGUGAUUUCAAAAAAGAAGGAAUUUCUCCUUUAUCUUUUCUUGCAGUUAAUGUAAGAAUACUCUAAAUCUCUAAGCUUCUGAAAUGUUAGAGGUAGAGAUGGUCUAGUAAAGGUGUAGUAGUAAUGUUUUAUCCACUUAGCAUGUGUUUAUUUUUCCUUAUGUACUACUCAAAGGUGACUUAUUUGUUCAGCUCGGUGAUAUUCCAUCUAAAAAUCAUUCAUUAGCAAAAGGAGAAGCAAUCUCAACCUAACAAAGAAAUCAGAAGUGUUUCUUAUUAUUUUAUAUUGAGUUGAAUAUUUGACCCUAACACUUUUCUACAUACAAAAUACAAGUAUCUUGAAGGUUCUUCAUAAUUGCAUAAUAGAGGAAUUUAGUAUGUCAUAAGUACUUUUUAAAGAUUUGGUAUUCAACUGUAAUAUCUAUAUGUUGGUUAAUUUUCUUAUGAGCCCCAUGAUGGAAAGACUUAAAGAUGAAUUUGAGAAAAAUUGAAACAAAUUAGCUUAUCAGGUUCUGUUAAAUUGUUACAUGUAUCUUGCUUAAAUUUAUUUCAUUAAUUUGUAUUCACCCAAUUACAUAAAGAAAAUUUGGAGGAAACAGCUGAAGUUGUGCAAUAUUUUCAAUGAUAAUUUUUUUUAUUCUUGUGUUUUCUACUUAAACAUGAUGGCUAUGUCGUCAAGUAUUACAGUCAGACUUUCUUUCUAGAUUGUUAAAAUUAGCAAAUGAACUUUUUAAAAAUCAUCUUCCACAUUGCAGUUAGUCUUUCUUUAUUACAAGGCUUCUUUCACAGAAGUUUGGCACUAAUAUUGAAGAAACCAGUAUUGAGCAGAAUGCUUCCUUUUUAGGCACUUUGUAUUCUUUAACUUUGUUCUCCACAUACCAUGUUAAGAAUUAUCAAUUUUGGGGCCGAGCCCGUGGCGCACUCGGGAGAGUGCGGCGCUGGGAGCGCGGCGACGCUCCCGCCGCGGGUUCGGAUCCUAUAUGGGACUGGCCACUGCACUCACUGGCUGAGUGCCGGUCACGAAAAAGAAAAGAAAAAAAAAAAAAAAAAAAAAGAAUUAUCAAUUUUGGCUUCUACUGAGUUGUUAAAUAAGGUUACAAUACAGCUGUGAAGGGCUAAAGUUAGAAUUGAUUACAUAAGAAUAUUCCUUAAGAUAUCUAAUCCUUUAAAACAGUCAUGUAUAAAUUAAUGCAUUACUUUUAAAUCUCUAGAUAUUAGGCAUAUAUACUUUUGGGAAGUGUUUUUGUUGCUUGACAUUUAAUAUUACCUAAUCAUAUACUUAGAAGCUUGACAGCUUCUAAGUGUCUAAAGCGAAAUAAUAGGCGCACACUAUUUAGAUAUGGGCAAGAAGUGUUCAAGCUUGGUUGUGUGAUUUGAAAUGUCUGAAAAGCCUGAACAGGAGAAAACAAAAGAAUCUUAUCCUGUUAAAUACAAAACCCAACAAGAUGAAAUAUUUUCAGAUAUUUGUACUUUACUUGACCUAAACUUUUUAAAUUCUGUGAGUGUUCUUUAUAGGGAAUCUCUUAAAUCAGCAUUAGAAGACUUGCCCCCUACUAUCAAUGUCUACCCUGUGGUGUAAAACAGUAUGAUUUUAUAGAACAACGAACAUUGAGGUGACAGAUUCUCUGUAUACAAAGCUCCUUCAUAAGGAAGCGUGCAUUUUUAAAAAGGAGCAAUACUUAAUAAAGUAGUCGAAAACAAA